AUGCCGGGACCGACACUGCCCUUCGGAAAGAAGUCGAAUGCGACUGUCACUGGGGCUGAGAUUCUACGCCUCAUCGACCAACGGUUUGAAGAGUUGGAGGAGACGGUGGCUUUGGCGGGCCUAGUGCCGCAGCUACAUGAUCGCUUGCAUGUGCUGGAGAAAAAGGUCAAACACUUGGAGGAGGGAGGUCCAGGUGGGUACGUUCCAGAGGAGCACGACUUUGGAGCAAAAGGUCCAAAAUGGAACGAUAUGGCACCUCCUGCUCCUCUUCCACCGCCAGACGAUGAGGGGAUAUUGGAAGCAGGGAUGCAGGACAGCAAUGGGGUGAAUCUCGAGCUGAAAGACCUACCAGCGGGACUGACUCCCAAGUCUCUAGUGGCACAUUCGCCCACAAGGCGUCAAAGUGCCAUCAGGAUCACGGAAAUGAGCCGCCAAGCCACCUCGGACGUCAAUGAGAUGAUUUUGGACACUCAGACCAAUGAGUACUACUCGUUUGGCGAAUCUACCUGGGACCUGGUGUUUUUCAUUGGCACGGGUGCUCUUGGUCCUGGUGGUUCGUUCCAGACAUGUCUCCUGGCCGUGGUGAAUGUCCUCAUGCAGGUGGUCUUUGUGGCCAUUGCCUAUUUCAACUUCACCACUGCGGAGGUGAACGAUCAGUCCGUGGUGGAUGCCACCAGGUGGAGGAGGUCAUCCGGGCAUUCACUCUCCACCUACAGUGAGUUGGCCAGGGCAUCCUUAACAACACGGGUGUGCAGUCUUGACAAGUCCUUGGAACAAUCCGGAAUUCAGGUGGACCUCUAUGAGAACAUCGACAAGUACUUGAAAGCCGGACGGGAGGGUUUUGAGAGCUACUUCACCGGGCAGAUGCUUUGCAUCGUUGCGCUGAUCUGCUGGUAUUUGAUGGUGGCCAAGGAGGUGAGCCACGCACUGGCUCUGCAUCGGAGCAUCGUAGCGACGCCCACCGGAGCUACACGGAUCGACACACGUGAGAAUCCUUUCACACAGGUGAGGCAUUAUCGGCUGCGCACGGUGGCGAAGCGCCGCAAGGUCUUCAGCUUUUGCCUUUUCACCUACCGUGUGGUGUCAGCAGGUUUGUUGGUUUUUGUGGGCACCUUCUUCCUGGUGUAUACGUUCGAUGUGACGGAACUCAUUUUGAAUGCCGUGGCUUUGGGCAUCAUUUUGGAUAUUGACGAUUUGCUGUUUGAUGCCUUGGCCACUACGCCUGGCCGACAUUUGGUGCAUCAAUUGGACCCUUUGCCCAUGCCAUCGAUGCCACGCCUGAGGGGUGCCGAUGCCAAGUCAGUGUGCAUGUCCAUCUUCAUCCCAGCCCUGACCAUCUUCGUCUAUUUCACCAUGCUAGGACCCAUGGUGGCGACCUUGGAGGAGGUCAGCCUGGCGAUGUGUGGCGGAAACCAAGAUUUCGUUUGGGACCUGGACCCGCGCGGAGUGGUUUUGAUGUCCCCGACCCCCGGUGGUGGCUUCACAGAGGACACCAGUAUCAAGUCCUUGGCUGUGGAUGAAGCGCAAGAGGUUGGUAUUGCACUGGGUGUGAAUGAUACCCAGUAUAGCAUUUGGCUUCAAGACGUGACUCAGCUGUCUGGUGUUGCGGUCUUGACCCUGGCAGAGAGCCUCGAUCUGAACAACCCGCAGUGCAUUGACUUGGCGUCUGACGGGUACCUGACCUACUUGAGGUUCCUCUUGGGGGAUGCCACCAUUCAAGGAUGUGAGGAUGUGAUCAAUGACUGCGGUUCCUUCACCCGGAUGCCAGAGUAUCAGCUGGACGGUGGCAAAGGCUGGGCAGCACGGAUGCUGUGCUCACAGACCUGCGGCUGUCAAGAUCCGGCUAGCGGGCAGAUCUCCGUGCAGGGCUGUCCGUAUGGGGCUGGCCGACCAUGUGCUUCGACGGAAGCGUUUCAGGACUUCAAGAAGCAAGGCGUUUGCAUUGAGAAGAAUGCGUCGAGCCUGCAGGCAAACCCCAACUGGGUUCAAUGGAUCAACUCGAUCAGAGCCUAUGGUGAGAUGUCUGCCGACCUUGCAGGCAAAGCUGAAGCUCUGAAGAUUGCGCAAGCCAUGUGGGAUUACGGCUGUGGCUUUGGUGCAGAAUUGGCUGCCCAGAACGUGUCCUGGGGGACUUGCUUCGGUUGGAACAGCACCUUUGAGUGGGAGUUCAAGACCGUCGAGGCCUUCUGCCCGGUGAGUUGCCAAUGUUCGGCCAAUACAAAGAGCACUGCCUGCCCUGAGCCCUUUGGAUACUCCUGCGAUGAGCUCGAGGCUGCCAGGUGCCUCACUCUCAAUGAUCAUCAUUAUUGUCCAGGAUUCACGAACACGUUUGACGGCACCCUUGCUUGCAAGCUUACAACGAGAGACGAGAACUUUGUUGCCCCUUUGAUGCCUGACAUUCGGGCAUCAAUGCGGAAGAUGAUUGAACACUUCUCCGGCAUGCCGGCUGAUUACAUGCACUACACGCCCGUGAAGAUCAACAGGCAAGUUAUUGAAAUCUUCACUUUCUACGAGGUAGACCAGGCGGUGAAUCUGACCAGGGCCGAAAAUCAAUUGUUCACUACGAGCUUCGCUGACAUGCAGGUGAAGGUCGAUGAGGAAAUGACUUUGCGAGGCUUGCCCAUCGCAGACUUGGGUCUCAAGUGCAAGAACAUGGUCCAUGGGAGAUUCCAAUAG